CAAACCAUCAAACCUGAUGUAGCCUUUAAACUAGACCAGCAAGAGUCACAGAUAAUGGAUGAAGAAAUCCUAAGUCAAAACUUUUUAGAAAUCUGGCUAGACAGUUAUUCUGAACUAUGGCCUCAAGAUAAACAAGACAAGCUUAAAAGAAUGGAGAGAGGCAAUGGAGAUAAUGUUUUGGAGGAAAUAUGUCAGUCAAGCAUGAACUCUGUUUAUUUAGAAAUGAGAUUCCAUAUAUGUGGUACAUGUGAAAAGAGUCCAAAAAAUCCUUUAAAUUUUAUUAUUCCAAGAAGUAACUGUGGAAGAAAAAAAAAUAAAGUCAGUAAAAAAUUAUUAUUUUAUCUAAAAUUUGACAGACCCUACAGUAAAAGAAAAUCCUGUGAUUGUAAUAAGUAUAGAAAAGUGAGGAAUAAUGAGUCACAGCUCGUUACAAAUCAAAUGACACAUUCAGGAAUCUUUUUAUGUAUGGAAUGUGGUAGAAUUUUUAACAAGAAAUCACAGCUUAUUGUACAUCAGAGAAACCACACAGGAGAGAAGCCUUAUCAGUGCAAUGGAUGUGGGAAAACUUUUGCACAAAAGUCCCUGCUUGCUAUUCACCAAAAGACUCACUCAAUAGAAGAACCAGAUGGCUGUGAUGAACAUCAGAAGGCUUUCAGUGGGAAGUCUCUGGUCAUUCAGCAACAGAGAACACAUACUGGACAGAAGCUCUGUACACGUAGAAAAGUCUACAGAAGGAAGCCACAGCAAAAUAGGCAGGAGAUGAUUCACCCGAUAAAUAAAACUUAUUGUUGCAGUGAUUGUGGGAAAGUUUUCUCUCAGAAAUUGAAACUUCUCAUUCAUCGAAGAACACAUACAGGAGAAAAACCGUAUAAAUGUAGUGAGUGUAAAAAAGCUUUCCUUUGGAAUUCACAACUUAUUACUCAUCGGCAGUCACAUAGAGGGAAGAAACCUUAUGUAUGUAGUGAAUGUAACAAAACCUUCAGGAGGAACUCACUUCUCAUUAGACAUCAAAGGAUUCACACAGGAGAGAAACCACAUGGAAGCAGGAAAUGUGGUGAGGCCUUCAUCAGAAAGCCACAACUUGCUAAACAUGGCAUGACCCAUACAGGAGAGAAGAACUAUCAGUGUUAUGACUGUGAAAAAGCCUUUUUCAAAAAGUCACAGCUAAUGAGAAAUCAAAAAAGUCACUUAGGAGAGAAACUGCAUAGGUGUGCUGAGUGUGGAAGAGAAUUCCUUGAAAAGUCACAGCUCCUGACACAUCAAAAAAUUCACUUAGUAGAGAAACCAUAUAGGUGUGCUGAGUGUGGAAAAACAUUCCCUGGAAAGUCACAGUUCCUGACACAUCAAAAAAGUCACCUAGAAGAGAAACCACAUAGGUGUGCUGAGUGUGGAAGAGAAUUCCUUGAAAAGUCACAGCUCCUGACACAUCAAAAAAUUCACUUAGUAGAGAAACCAUAUAGGUGUGCUGAGUGUGGAAAAACAUUCCCUGGAAAGUCAUCACUCCUGACACAUCAGAGAACACACACUGGUGAGAAACCUUACAAAUGCAAUUUGUGUGGAAGGGCCUUCUCCCAGAGGUCAAGCGUAAUAUCGCACCAGAGAACACAUACGGGUGAGAAACCCUACAAAUGUGGUGACUGUGGGAAAGCCUUCACUGAGAAAUCAAGCCUCCUUCAUCACAAGAGAACCCACACCGGGGAAAAGCCCUUUGAAUGCAGUGACUGUGGAAAAGCCUUUGCAUGGAAGCCACAGCUCCUUCGGCAUCAGCGAAUUCACACAGGGGAGAAACCCUUUGAAUGCAAUGAGUGUGGUAAAGCAUUUGUUCAAAAGGUUCAACUCAUUAAGCAUCAGAGACAUCAUACAGGAGAGAAGACCUAUAAAUGCAAUGGUUGUGAAAAAGCUUUUUUUGAGAAGACACAGCUUAUGAUCCAUCAGAAAAUCCAUACAGGUGAGAGACCUUAUACUUGUGGUGAAUGUGGGAGAUCUUUCACUAGAAAAUCACAUCUAAUGAGACAUGAGCCAAUUCAUACAAGAGAUAAGUGCUAUAGGUGCAGUCAGUGUGGUACUGUCUUCGACAAGAAGUCACAUCUUAUCAGACAUCAAAAAGAUCAUAUAAUAAAGGCCAUAUAAAUGCAGGGAGCUUGGAUAGAUGCUGUUGGGUUCAGAUGUUCCCCUAACAGUUCUUGAGAAUAUGCAGAAGAGUCUAUAGAGACCAUGACUGCUGAAAAAGGCUGUAUGUAGAGGCAGAUGACAGGAAAAGUAUUUUCCCAGAAGACAUAGCUUGGUGCGCCUGAGAUAAGUUAUUAUGGAAACAAUGGUUUCAGUACUUCUAGAGAUAGUGCUAGAGCCUCUAGUCAGAAGUUACAAGUAUUAAACAAGAGAAAAGCUAUUAUCGCAAGUGAGCCAGAGACCUCAUCUGAAAGGGACAACCCAUCGACCACUAAAGAAUGCUAACAAAGGAUACACUGAGUAAGAGUUCAGACUGAUGAUUCAAGGAGUAUAAUUGGUGUGACCCUUCUCAAGUGAUUUUUGUGAGGGAAUUGUGUUCAUUAUAUAUGAAUUACUGCAAAAAGUUGUCUCUUUUAACCAGCAAGUAUAUUUGUGAAGACGCCUCCUUUCUAUUAUGGAGCAAUAAUUGACCAGAUGGACUCUCCUGCCUUAAACAGCUAGAAACUGUACGAUAUAUGUGAAAUGUUGUUUAAUGUUUUUAAUUGCCAUCUAAAGGUUGUAUGUAUUUUGGGGUACUGUAUGUCAUUUCAAUACACAUAAUACAUGCAUAAUAUGUAUUGAUCAGACCUGGGUAAUUGACAGAAUGUAUAUUACUUUGUAUAUCUAUCAUUUUCUGUUAGAAAUAUUCAAAAAUAUUCCUCUCUUCUAGCUUUAUGUUGUUGUUGAGACAGGGUUUCAUUGUAUAGCCUUAUCUGGCCUGAAACUCCCUAUGUAGACCAGACUGGCUUUGAACUCACAAAGACAUGCCUGCCACGACCAACUGAGUGCUGGGAUUAAAGACAUGUACCAGCAUACCUGGUUUCUGUUAGCUCAUUUUAAGUACUUGGUUUUGUUUUGUGUAGUUACACUGCUAUGCUGUGGAGCGUUUGAAGCUAAUCUCUAUAGUUGCACACCUUAACUCAUUUACUAUCCUCUACCCAUUCUCUUGCCACAUUCUCCCCAGGUUCUAGUAAUGACUUUUCUCCUUUAAGAUCAUUGCUAGUGUUUAAAAUCUAU